AUGACAGUGUUUGAGCUAUGCAAGGAAUACAUCGCGUCUAGGAGCAGAAACCACGAGUUGUGCGCAUGCAUGUUGACUGGCGGCGUUGCUGCUAUACUUGCAGCCUCUGCAGGGUUGCGGUCUAACAAACCGCUCCCACUGAAGGCUGAAAGAUCAAAACCAGCGAGCAGUGUGAACGGGAAGGAAGCGCAAGCACAGGACAAGGUGAAAGUUCAGUCGUUUGCUGCAGCAGUCCGGCGCUUUCUUGCCUUACUUGAGAUUGCCAUUCCGUCCAUUCGUUCACGGGAAAGUGGAAUGCUGAUGAUAAUUUCUCUCCUCCUCAUUUCGAGGACAUUUCUAUCGUUACGUAUCACCAGCGUUGCAGCGGCGGUGGACAAAAGUGCUAUAAGCGGCAACCCCGCUACGGUGGUGCGCGUCGUUGGAUUGCUAUUGUGCUGGUUUGCUCCCGUUGCAUUAGCGAACACAACCUUGAGGUACUGCGUAGGAAUGCUGGGUCUGCGGUUGCAGUCUAACCUGGCCCAUCACUUGCAUCGCAUUUAUCUUAACAAUGAUGUCUUCUUUGCCGUCGCUAGCUCGCACUCGGUAAAAAACAUUGACGAACGCAUUACACGACACGUCGCAAGCUGGUCCAGAAACGUCGCGGGGUUUUUCACGUCUAUCCUGGAACCACUAAUCAACAUUGUCGCCUUUUCGUACAAGGUGGGUUCCACCAGUGGGUCACGAACGCUAGCAAUGGUGAUUGGCUACUACGCAUUAUUUGUAGCUAUUGCCCAAAAGUUUUCUCCCGAUAUGGAAGGCCUUGUUGCGGAGCAGCUCAGCCGCGAAGGUACCCUUAUCACUGCGCAUAACCGACUGCUGAAAUACGCGGAGGAGUUAGUGAUGUCCAAAGGACAACUGUUUCACAGAAAUCUCAUGAAUCAAUAUCUCGAGUCGAUUGUGCAGCAUAGGAGUCGGGCAGCAUUUGUGCAGGGGCGUUAUGGUUUGAUGGAAAAUUUAUUCCUGAAGUACGGCUCGAGGAUACUGAGUAACUUCGUGUGUUUGGGAGUUGUCCUCUCCAGGAAUACGGAGGCGACGAGCGGACAAGAUCUCCUUGCUCUCUUUGCAGAGACUUCUUACGUUUUCAUGAAGCUUUCGCAGGGGAUUGGUGGACUUGUGAGGAAUUGCAGGGGAUUUUUUGUCUUGCGCUCCUUAACUGACGAAAUUUACGAGCUCCAAGAAAGCAUUCAACACGCUACGGAGGUUCAACGGACGAGUAGACGAGCACUGGACGACGCUCCGAAGGGCAGUGCUGGUGAGAUCGUGCGUGGCGACUACAUAGCAUUUGAGAAUGUGCCCAUUAUUCUCCCAACCAACGAAAUGUUGUGCCGGGGACUGACGCUGCACGUGAAACCAGGAAUGAAUCUCCUCAUUGUUGGCGCCAACGGUUGCGGUAAGUCGUCUUUGUUACGGCUUCUGGCUGGGCUCUGGCCGCUUCAUGGUGGUCGUAUUGUAAAGCCUCGUAUGGAUCAAAUCUACUACGUACCACAAAGACCAUAUGUCCCCUGUGGCACGCUGCGCAGUCAAAUUACGUACCCGAAGCAAUUAUCAGAACUCGAAGUGAGUGAGUCCAUGCUGUACGAAUGUCUUGAAAUGGCCAAGCUGGAAGACAUACUCUCAAGGCCGCACAUCACGUGGGACACCGUCUUCUCGUGGUCUGACGGUCUGCUGUCGUUAGGCGAAAUGCAGAAACUCGCGAUUGCGCGUCUCUUUUACCACCGGCCGCACUUUGCCGUACUUGACGAGUGCAGCAGCAACAUGGAUAUUGAGAUAGAGGAGCGGUUGUACAGCAUGUGCAAGCAGUUGGGCAUCUCAUUGAUAUCCAUCACCCACCGCCGUACCGUGUGGCGGCACCAUAAUUGGGUUUUGUGGUUUAACGACCUCGGGUCCUUUAUGUUCUCACCGCUUUCCUUCAACGAACAUGGGACGGCGGUGCUCACACGCGUCGUGGCCGCAACGGACUCAUCAAUGAUUGGGCGUCAAGUGACACUUGAUGUAUCUGACGGGAAACAGUGA